UUGAAAUCUGCACUCAAAAACAAACGGGGAUCUGGCGGGAGCCGAUCUGGAGGACAAGUUCUUUUGUUUAUCUGGCUAAUUGCUUCAUCAAACGUGCAAGAAACAGCCGCUCGUCGAUGUAAUCCAUCAAUUUCGUGUAAUUGAUCGAGUCUGAGAAUAAUCAGAGGGAUGUAUCACGCAAUGGUCGUGAUCUAACCUCGGUUUCCAAACAAAUCCCUUUGUCCUUGCCGUGAAGAAUUCCGAAAGUGAGGGAAUAUUGAUGGUAUAAGUCAUCAUGGAGAGUCAAUCGCAGAAGAAGAAACGUAAGGGUCGGCAUCCUCUUGACGAGGAGGUUGGAAGUACUAAACGAUUCAAGGAGAACGAGAAUUCAGCAUUUGUGUCGUCACAGGACGAGACUGCUGGGAGGGUCAAGAAGAUUAUUCUGCGCAACUUCCUUUGUCAUGAUCAUUUGGUCAUGGACUUUAACAAAAAUGUCAACUUCAUUGUCGGGCGAAAUGGCAGUGGAAAGAGUGCGAUUUUGAGCGCAAUCACUGUUGGCUUGGGGGGACGAGCAGCCACAACUCAACGUGGUGAUUCUUUCAAAUCCUUCAUAAAAAACGGAAAAACAUCAUUCACCAUCGAGGUAACGCUGACAAACGAGGGUGCCAAAGCCUACGAGCCAGAGGUCUACGGUAACAUCAUAAAAGUGAUCCGCACAGUGACUCAAACCUCCUCAACAGUAAUCACAAAGAAUCAACGUGAUCACAUUGUAUCUAGAAAAAAGUCAGAUCUCGAUAAGAUAACCGCUGCGUUCAACAUUCAAGUUGACAAUCCCAUAUCAAUACUGACUCAGAAGAAUGCAAAGGAGUUUCUGAUUCAACCAAAGCCUUCAAAGCUGUACGAACUCUUCAUGAAAGCAACCCAACUGGAGACAAUCGGUGCCAACUACAAAGAGGCCCUGCAGAUCAGCAAAGAAACCCAGACACAGAUGCGAGACACCCAGAGAGAACUGCACAGGGACAAGAAAGAGAUCGACGAGAUUGAAGGGAAGAUCAAGGCAAUAGAUAACCUGGAGUCUGAGAGAAAAAAGUGUCAUGAGCUGGAGUGUGAGGCUCGUUGGGCACGUGUGAUAGCCCAGGAGGCACGUCUCAGUGCAGCUGAAAGAGCUGUUAAAAAAGGAGAAAAGACUGUUGAGAGUCUGGUAGUCAGUAGUGAUCAGAAUUACAGUGGAAAAACUGAGGAGAUCGAUGCCUCCAUUGCAGAGAUUUCAGAGCGCAUAAAAGAGUCUGAGAAGGAGGCAGCAGAGUGUGAGGCAGCAAAUGAUGCAAUAAGAAAUAAAUCGCAGGCGAAGAAGGACGAGUUGACGGCUAAGCAGAGAGAACUGAGGGAUAACAAGAGAGCAAUCAAUAAGACUCAGGGUGAACUUGAGGAAGUGAAUCGAGAAAUAGUGAGGCUGGAUUCAGUGAGUAGUCAGGCACACGAUGAGAUAGCUCAGCUGGAGCAACGUCUGAUCACAAUUGAGGAGGAGUUGCGUGAGGUUCAACAGAGGAUCAGCACCGCUCAGGUCGACCAAAUGCACAAUGAUUCUGAUAAAGUACGAUUGCAGAAGGAGGAGAAAGAGUGCGCAGAAGAUGUGAGGUGUAAAGAGGCGAAAUUAAAGCAAUUGACGAACGAACUUCAAACAUUUUCCUCCGCUUCGAAUAAUUCAUUGGGCCGAUAUGGCUCGAACAUAGAGAGACUUGUGAAACGAAUCAAUGAGGAAGAUAUGCACAGACGUUUCAAACACAAACCACGUGGACCCGUUGGUGCAUAUAUUAAAAUGAAGGACAAAACUUGGUCGCCAAUUGUCGAGAGACACAUUGGUAGUGCUAUCAGUGCAUUCUGCGUUGAUAACAAUAAAGAUGCUCAGCUACUUGGAAAGAUUAUUCAGGAGAUUUAUGGUAGGCAGAGGGGGCCUGAGAUAAUCUGCAGUAAAUUCCUUGAUAGAACUCACGAUGUUCGUGAGAAUUCAACGCGAACUGAGAAGUAUCCUAACAUGUUUGAAGUCAUGGAGGUGGCAGAUCCAGUGAUUGCCAAUUGUCUGAUCGAUCAACGAGGUCCAGAGUCGAUUCUCCUGAUUCCAACGACUGAAGAAGCUAUUGCACUCUUGCAGUACAGCGAGAAUGUCCCUCAAAAUUGCAGAAUGGCGUUCACCAGAAGUGGUGACACAUUCUAUCCUGAUCCAGACUUCAGGACUUAUGGUGGCUCAGUUCCAACUCCAAGGUAUCUUGAAGAGUCCGUGACUCAAUUAAUUCAGAGUCUUAAGAUGCAGAUUAGAGAGAUCGAGCCUGAGUUGGUGGAGUCGAGGAAGCAGUUGAAUAUAGUUCGUCAAGCAGUCUCUCGUAGUGCUGUUAUGACUAAUGAUUUGAUGAAGAAAAUAGCGCAGCUUCGUGGAAUGAAGAAUAGAUUGAGUGACACGGCGGAUGAGCUCAGGGACAAAUUGAAGGAUAAGGAGGACGCUAGUGCAGACAAUCGUCCCCAUUUUCUCACUCUGAGAUCCGACAAGGAGAAGGAACUCGAGCAAUUGAGAAACGUGGAGCAACGCAUCAGUGACGAGGUGAGGAAGUUGCAGCAGCAGUUCAACGAGAUCGACGCUGAAUUUAAACGUUGUCGUGAGAAGGCCAAUGGGGUUGACGAGCUGAUAAAUCCCCUGAAGACACAGAUACGAAAGCUGGAGGAGGAGAAGAGGCAGUGUCAGAUUCAGAUGAAGGAGGCUGACAAGAGGAUUCUCACUGCUCGUCACGAUCUUCAGAAGGCCGUUGCUGAGGCUGAUAUUCAGAAGCGAACUCUUCAAGUCUAUCUCGAUGAGGCUGAACAGCACUCGAGGAGGAUCGAGACCAAACUUUCUGAGGAGGUGAUCAACGAGAAGGUCAAGGCUGUGAAGCUGAGAAUUGCAUCGGUGGAGAAGAAGUAUGGCUCCAGGGAUGAACUUUACGAGCAAUUGGAGAGCAAGAAGACCAAAUAUCUGGAGGUGCAGGAGGUUCUCACUGCCCUGGUGGAGACUAAUGAACAACAUCUGCAGAGAGUUGAGAAUAGGAGGAAGGAGUACAAGGACAUGAGAACUGAAAUGGGGAGCAAAGUCGAGGAUGCCUUCAGCAAAGCUCUCACAGUCAGGGGCUACAGAGGAUCUUUGACGAUUAAUUAUGCCAAUAAAACUCUCGAGCUCGAUGUCAUCCCUCAGAACACCACUGGACGAGACCAAAAUGACACCAUGACACUGUCUGGUGGGGAGCGCUCCUAUGCCACUGUCUCCUUCGUUCUUGCUCUGUGGGAGUGCACUGCUCUUCCAUUCUACUUCCUUGAUGAGUUCGACGUAUUCAUGGACAAAGUCAAUCGUCGGAUUAUCAUGGCUUUCUUGCUGGAACACACUCGCAAUCAUCCACAGAGCCAGUUUGGUUUCUUCACACCGCUGGAUGCAUCCAUCGUCAAAGCCAGUGAUUACUUGACGAUUCAUCAGCUCGAGGCACCAGAACGUCGACAGACACAGGAAGGCCAGUGAAGUGAAGCCAAGUCCCUUGAAGUUUCGCUCACUUUUUUUUUCGUUCUUCUUUAUUCAUGUUUUUUCGCUCGUCGUGUACUUGUUGGUCGACAAAUCGAAGCCCCAAUGUGGUUGUACCAUUAUUUUGCUAGGUCGGUGAAUUUUGAGGGGAUCCCAAAUUCUGUUUUUUUGUCGUUCUAAAAGGCCUUACGUACGUUUCAAGUCCCUCAUACUUUUUUCGGGAUUAUCCAUUCAUUUUUUUUUGUUUAUUGUACGCUUUAUUGUUGAACAAAUCGAGGAUAGAUGAGUUCUGAGGGAAUCCUAAAUGUUUUUGUCUUUCUCGUUCUAAAAGGCCUUAUGAAAACAGUAUUUAAUGAUAUUUAAUAUUUACGUGUAUCGGUUCAGAGUCUAAGUUUGUUCAAUGUUGGCGUAUUUUCACCAGUUACCUCAACGUUAUUGCUGUAAAGACAAAAAUGUUGAGGGUAAAUUCUUCUCAAAAGUCAGGACAAUUGUGGUUGUGAAAUUUGCGAAAAUCCUUGAGGAUUGGGGAUUAGAUUGAAUUGGAAAAAUAACGCAGAAUCAUAACUGGAUGAAUACGCCUUUGAAGUUAAAACGUAGUCAACAUUUAUUUUUAUAAGAGGAUUACCAAAAUUUAAGUAAUAAAGACCAUUCACGUGGAAUUACAGUCAACUGCAUUGUAUUCCACACAUUUGUCGAAGGAAGUGUCAUAAUUCUUGCUCUCAAAUCCAGUGAUUACUUUAUGAUUCGUCAGCUCAAGGCUCUAGGGUGAAGUACCCUAUUAAAAAUGUCCAGCCCCUAAUCCUUUUUUGAUGUCAUUGUUCAUUGAUGUUUUUCGUUUAUCGCAUGCUUUAUUGCUCAGCAAAUCGAAGCUCCUGGAAUACCGUUAGUUUGGCCGGAAAAUUAUCUAGUUCUCAGGGGAUCCCAAAUGUUGUUUUCUCUCGUUCCAAAAGACCUUAUGAAAACAGUAUUUCAUAAUAUUUAAUUUUUAAUAGUACAUUAUAAUAUUUAAUAUUUUUGUGUAUCAAUUCAGAGUUUAAGUUCAGUGUUCAAUGUUUAAGUUCAAUGUUGGCGUAUUUUCACCAACCAUCUCAACGCUAUUGUUACAAAGACAGAGAAAAAUGUUGAUAAAGCACUGGGAGUUUAAUGGAUAGAUUAAAUGUUAACCAGUCAUGGAAGGCGGUCCACAUGUUCCAUAAUUUGGAAAAUAAAUGCUGGACCAUAACGUGAUAAAUACGCCUUUAAAGUUACAAAGUAGUCAACAUUUAUUUUUAUAAGAGAAUUACCAAAAUUCAAGUAAUAAAGACUAUUCAUGUGAAA